AUGAAGACUGCAAAGGAUUCCUCCACCACCAAAGCCAGCAUGGCCAGGACAUCCAGGACGGCCAUGGAUACCCGGGAGUUCGGUCCCAGCAGAUCAGAUGGCCAGACCCCACAGCCAGGCUUGAUGGACGUGCUGGGGCCAGAAAAAUUGGUGGUCCUCAGCCGGCCGGGCGCCUGGGCCCAGGAGGCCUGCAAGCGCACCUGCCCGGAGGCCUGCUCCUGCAGCAGCGGGGACCGCGGCUGCUCCGUGCGCUGCGACCGCGCCGGCCUCCUGCGGGUGCCGGCCGAGUUCCCGUGCGAGGUGGCCUCCAUCGACCUGGACCGCAACGGCCUGCGCUUCCUGGGCGAGCGGGCCUUCCGGGACUGCGGUGCCCUGGAGCGCCUCCUGCUCAACGACAACAGGCUGGCCGAGCUGCCCGCCGACGCCUUCAGCGGCCUGCGCCGCCUGCAGACGCUCAACCUAGGGGGCAACUGGCUGGGCCGCGUGGCGCGCACCUGGUUCGCCAGCCUGGCCGAGCUGGAGCUGCUCUACCUGGAUCGCAACCGCAUCGCCUUCGUGGAGGAGGGCGCCUUCCGGAACCUCUCGGGCCUCCUUGCCCUGCAUCUCAACGGCAACCGCCUCACCGUGCUCACCUGGGCCGCCUUCCAGCCUGGCGUCUUCCUGGGCCGCCUCUUUCUCUUCCGCAACCCGUGGCGCUGUGACUGCAGCCUGGAGUGGCUGCAGGACUGGAUGGACAGCUCCGGGCAAGUCGCUGACGUGCUGUGUGCCUCUCCGGGCUCAGUGGCCGGCCUGGACCUCAGCCAGGUGGUCUUUGGGCGUUUCUCCGAUGGUCUCUGUGUGGACCCUGAGGAGCUGAACCUCACUGGAUCCAGCCCAGGCCCGUCCCCAGAGCCCGUGGCCACCACCGUGAGCAGGUUCAGCAGCCUCCUCUCCAAGUUGCUGGCGCCGAGGGCCCCAGUGGGGGAGGCGGGUAACACCACCCGCGGGCCGGUCAAUGCCUCGCUGUCUGACAGCCUUUCCUCGGGUGGGGUGGGAGGUUCAGGCCACAACACCCUGUUUCUAGUGGGCUCUGGUCUCCUGCUCAGUGUGGUCCAGCACGUGGUGUUUGCCCUACAGACAUACCGACCCUGCCACACUGGGGUGACCCAGACUGCCUUGGCCAGUGGGGGAUAA